AUGGUUGUACGAAUGGCUGCAACGCUCCUCAGAGCUCUACCUCUUCUUCGCCUCCGACUCCUCCACCGCGUAGUAAAAGCUGAGUGUCGGCCCUCAAUAACACGUCGGCCCUGGUGCAGCGCCGCCGAGUCAACUCCUACUGACAAAAACUCGCCCUCUCUGGGCCAGAUCAACACUGGACUGAGCACUAAAGACCCCAAGUACUCAGGACGGGACGACUCCGAUUUCCGAAAAUGGAAAGAGAAAGAAGCAGAAAUUCUGGAAGAUAUCGAGCCCAUUAUUUGCCUCACCAAAGAAAUCCUCCACUCUGAUAGGUAUAUGGAUGGAGAACGUCUUACUGCAGAAGAUGAGAAAGCUGUGGUAGAUAAGCUUCUCGCUUAUCAUCCUCAUUCAGAAGAUAAGAUUGGAUGUGGAAUUGAUUCAAUUAUGGUUGAUCGACAUCCCCAAUUCAAACGUUCAAGGUGCCUCUUUGUUGUAAGAAUAGAUGGUGGAUGGAUAGACUUCUCUUACCAGAAGUGUCUUCGAGCCUACAUUCGGGAUGAGUACCCUUCUUAUGGAGAAAAAUUUAUAAAAGAGCAUUUUAGACGUAGUAGUGGAUGA